UCUGUAGAUCCGCCUCGACACUUUCGAUCGGUGGAAUUGAAGCAAAACCACGAAAGCGACAUUGUUUUCCCCCUUUUGAGACGCCCCUGGAGGAGCCUCUGCUGGGGCGAGCAUUUUUUUAAAAAAGGGGUGUAAUAAAGGAGUCAGGAAUCUGUGGACCUGAAACAAAAACGAGUUUGCCCGCGGGAGCGCUUAAACUGCCGCUCAGCGCGGAGGUGAAAGCACAGCGCCAGGGCAAAGCGGGUCAAAGCCUUCUUUAGAUCGAAGCGGCCGGACUGAGCGCCAACGGGGAGAAGUUACCCUGCCUGGCCCCUUUCAAGCGCCCUCCUUGGCCAGUUCUUCAGAAGGUCGCCAGCUUCGCAUCCUAAGUGGAAAUGCAACAGUGAGCAUGUAUUAUAAUUAAAAGAAUAAUUAUACCAUGGCUACAGGAGACCUAAAAGGAAACUUGCAUAAGAUAGAACAAAAACUUCGGGUUAUAAAUUAUCCUAGUGAUGUGGAUUAUAUGGGGUUGGCAAAGGGUGAUCCAUCUGUAUUUUUACCAAUCAUUAGCUACUGUUUCACAUCAUUCUCAACAUAUAUUGCAGAACUUGUAAUGGAAUCAGGGAUGGAACUUACAGCAAAGAAUGAUUCACGUUUUGUUGAUGCUAUGUAUAAGCUUCUUCGUGAUCAAUUUCAGUACAAACCAGUCCUGUCAAAACAGCAGUUCCUUCAAUAUGGCUUUGCAGAAAGAAAAAUACAGAUUGUUUGUGAUAUUAUUAGUUACAUUUAUAAAAGGCACAAAGAAUUCAGUAACAUGAAUAAGAUAAAAAUCCAAACAGAAAAGAGAACCCAUUUGGUUAAAUCUCUAUCCCACACAAGUUUUUCUAAUCAGUCUGUUACUGUAGCUAUCAAUACUGUGGAUUUGCAGCAGAAACCUCAAAUAGAACGUCAUAAAAGUGUAACUAACAUGCCUGAUGAAAUCAUCCCUGAAGAUUUCAUCAGUGAAACGCUGCAGGAAGUGAAAGAUUACGUUGUAAAUAAGGUUGAAGUUUUGGAUUAUGACACUGAUGUCUUGGAUAAUAUAGAUGUACAGGUUGUAAAGAAGGACAAUGAAUUAGAAGACUUGAAGAGUCAACUUGCUGAACUGCAGCAAAAGUUUCAUUCAUUGAGCAGUGUGGACGAAAAGUUACAGACUUUAGAGAAGAAAUUGCAAGGGAAAAUUGUUAUAGAAGAGAAUGAGUGGAAUAAUCUUUUGAGCCGUGUCCUCCUCCUUGAAACACAACUGUUGCUUCAUUCGAAAACAGCUGAUUUAUCUACAGCAUUAAAUAAUGUGAGUGAAGAAGAUUCUUCUAGCAGAAACAUGACUCCAUCUUCUGAUAAAAAGAAAGUAGAAUUGCCAGACAGUCCUCAUCAGUCAUCUGGAUAUAGUUCAUCUGUAUCUGCAGAUCCAUCUCCCAAAGCCCUGGCUGUUAAUGAUGAUGUUGUGUCAGAGGUUUCAAAGGAAACAACAAUUCAAAAAAUGGAAAGAAUAAGCAAAAUGGUUGAGGAAACUUCAGAAUUGUUGAAGAUUUCACGUAACACCUCUUCAGAAUAUUCUUCUCAACCAGAGAAUUGAAACUAUGUGUGUCCAUGAACUUUUUUAGAACUCUUUGGAUCUUUUUUGUUGUGUUUGGGAUUGAAAUUAUUUAAACUGUUCCUUUUUUUAAAUAUAUAUUUUGUAUAUAUGUGUGCCAUUGAUAGGUAUCAUUUUAUUACAAAUAACUCAAUAUGUGGCAACAUUAAUGUACCCACAGUCUAUUUUUGUAACAAACUUUUCUGGCAUUAGGUUAAAUGAUAUAUAGUCAUUGACAACAGGCUCAAUGACUAUAUUUUAUAUUUUGUUGGAAAUAUUUUAGCUGGGGUUUGCAUAUUGUACCUAAGAAAAAUAUGUAUAUGCCAUCAGUAAGUGUGCAAGUCUUUUACACAUAUUGUAUAUAUAUAUAUUGUUUUUAACAUAUCUUAAAUACAUGCAGAUAUAUUUUAAUAUUUAUCUGUGAUAAGAGCAGCAAUAUAUUUCAGCUUUCAUUGUGCAUGAUAAGAGUAAAAUAUAUUUUGAUAAAAAGUUAUUCAAAUAAAUAAGAUUUUGAUAUUUUU